CAUGUUUUAAAUAGAGGGGAAAUUAAACACAAACCAACCUUACCAGAAGCAUGGGUAAUCAAAGGUUCAGGUUCUCAGAUAUGAUACCUAAUGCCUGGUUUUACAAGCUCAAAAACAUGGGUAGAACCAGAAACAAUUACCCUAAGGCCUCUCCCUCUCAUUCCAAUCCCAUCAACAAAAAACCAUUAUACCCUUCAACAGCACCCCAGAAUUUCAACUACUUCACCAAAGACGCAUAUUUCCCUGAUUCACCAAUAAUAUCAUCCAGAAGAAAAGCCAGAAGAAGAAGAACCAUCUACAGGCCAUCUCCUAAAGCCAUACUAAAUAUUCUUUCUCCUUUUGAUUCGGAAUCGGAGGCGGAUGAUCACCACCACUUUGCUCCUGAAUCAUGUGAUGAUCAUCAGGUAUUAGGUUCAUCAGACUCCAAUUCUUGUUAUAAGUGUAAGCUUACAUCUUCUACUACUGAUAUCAUCAUUGACAUGAUGAAUAACGAGUCAUGUAGAUAUAGGAGGAAAUUAACAAAGCCAGCAGAGUCUAGUAAUUACAAGAACAAGGAAAAGCGAAGGAGGGUAAGGGAGGCUAAAGCACGCGGAUCUCUUUCUUUCAAGAUUGUGAAAGAAGAGAGCAUUGGGACUCAUGAGACAAGAAAGAGUACUACAGGAAUAAAGGUCCGAGCAAAUUCCUUAAGAAUUGCAAGUAACAAGAUUCACGCCGCGUAUGCAAGAAAGAGCAUAUCAUCUGGGAACAUUGCAGAGAGUUUUGCAGUAGUUAAGUCGUCGGUUGAUCCACAGAAAGACUUCAGGGAUUCAAUGGUGGAAAUGAUUGUGGAGAAUAAUAUUCGGGCAGCAAAGGAUUUGGAGCAACUUCUUGCAUGUUAUCUUUCACUCAAUUCCAGGGAAUACCAUCAUCUCAUCAUCAAGGCCUUUGAGCAAAUCUGGUUUGACCUCACCAAUUAAUCUAACUACAUGUAUAUAGUGCUUGUAAAAUCUAUUAUAUAUCUUCAAUGUAUGUAUAUACUAGUGCAGUGCAGCUGAUUAUCGAAUUU